ACACUGAUACAGGAUACAACCUAUUGCUGAACUUGAGCAAAUUUUGAAAUCACAAAUUCUAAGGGCUUCAGGGAAGCCUAAAGGCAUUCCUCCCAGCAGAUACUUGAAUCUCCUUUCCAGCAUCUGCAACAAGCACUUUCUACUCCUGCUUACCGACUUUCUAGCAACUGUCCUCCUGAGGAAGUCGACUUGCCUUUUGAAUUGGGACUCAACCAACCUGUGUCUGAGUGUGUGUGAACUGAAUGUGUGUGUAUACACAUAAGCAUGUAUGUGAGUGUAAAUGGGGUGCAUACGCAGCAUGCACAAUCCAUGAGUUUGUUUAUAGUGUGUGUAUGGCUGAAUCUUCCACCGUUUACCUCUCCAGCUUUUUCAAGGAGAAAUAAAACUUUUCUAGGAUUGUCAGAUAUUUUUGAUUCUUGUAGCCUCUCUCCACCAGUACAGUUAAUUGAGGGUUGAUUUUUUUUUGCAGAUGUUAUGCAUUAUUCAUCCAGGGUCUCUGUGGACACCUCAUUUCCUGCCUUAGAAAAGAAAUCAACAAACACAUGGAUGUCAUUGCUGUUGCAUUGCUGCACUGGAAGAAAGACGUCAACAAGCACAAGCCAUGGAUCGAGACUUCGUAUCAUGGGGUCAUAACUGAGAACAAUGACACAGUCAUUUUGGAUCCACCACUGGUAGCCCUGGAUAAAGAUGCACCAGUUCCUUUUGCAGGAGAAAUCUGUGCGUUCAAGAUCCACGGCCAGGAGCUGCCCUUUGAGGCCGUGGUGCUAAACAAGACAUCAGGGGAGGGCCGGCUCCGUGCUAAGAGCCCCAUUGACUGUGAGUUUCAGAAGGAGUACACAUUCAUCAUCCAGGCCUAUGACUGUGGUGCUGGACCCCAUGAGACAGCCUGGAAAAAGUCACACAAGGCCGUGGUCCAUAUCCAGGUGAAGGAUGUCAAUGAGUUUGCUCCCACCUUCAAAGAGCCAGCCUACAAAACUGUUGUGACGGAGGGCAAGAUCUAUGACAGCAUUCUGCAGGUGGAGGCUGUUGACGAGGACUGCUCCCCCCAGUACAGCCAGAUCUGCAACUAUGAAAUCGUCACCACAGAUGUGCCUUUUGCUAUCGACAGAAAUGGCAACAUCAGGAAUACCGAGAAGCUGAGCUAUGACAAACAACACCAGUAUGAGAUCCUGGUGACCGCCUAUGACUGUGGACAGAAGCCCGCUGCUCAGGACACCCUGGUGCAGGUGGACGUGAAGCCAGUUUGCAAGCCUGGCUGGCAAGACUGGACCAAAAGGAUUGAGUACCAGCCCGGCUCCGGGAGCAUGCCCCUGUUCCCCAGCAUCCGCCUGGAGACGUGCGAUGGAGCUGUGUCUUCCCUCCAGAUCGUCGCAGAGCUGCAGACUAAUUACAUUGGGAAGGGCUGUGACCGGGAGACCUACUCUGAGAAAUCUCUUCAGAAGUUAUGUGGAGCCUCCUCUGGCAUCAUCGACCUCUUGCCAUCUCCUAGUGCAGCCACAAACUGGACUGCGGGACUCCGGGUGGACAGCAGUGAGAUGAUCUUCAAGUUUGACGGCAGGCAGGGCGCCAAAAUCCCUGACGGGAUUGUGCCCAAGAACCUGACGGACCAGUUCACCAUCACCAUGUGGAUGAAACACGGCCCCAGCCCAGGUGUGAGAGCCGAGAAGGAAACCAUCCUCUGCAACUCAGACAAAACUGAAAUGAACCGGCAUCACUAUGCCCUGUACGUGCACAACUGCCGCCUCGUCUUCCUCUUGCGGAAAGACUUCGACCAGGCUGACACCUUUCGCCCCGCAGAGUUCCACUGGAAGCUGGACCAGAUUUGUGACAAAGAGUGGCACUACUAUGUCAUCAAUGUGGAGUUUCCUGUGGUAACCUUAUACAUGGAUGGAGCAACAUAUGAACCGUACCUGGUGACCAACGAUUGGCCCAUUCAUCCAUCUCACAUAGCCAUGCAACUUACGGUCGGCGCUUGUUGGCAAGGAGGAGAAGUCACCAAACCACGGUUUACUCAGUUCUUUCAUGGCAGCCUGGCCAGUCUCACCAUCCGCCCUGGCAAAAUGGAAAGCCAGAAGGUGAUUUCCUGCCUUCAGGCCUGCAAGGAAGGGCUGGAUAUUAAUUCCUUGGAAAGCCUUGGCCAAGGAAUAAAGUAUCACUUCAACCCCUCGCAGUCUGUCCUGGUGAUGGAAGGUGAGGACAUUGGGAACAUUAACCGUGCUCUCCAGAAAGUGUCCUACAUCAACUCCAGGCAGUUCCCAACGGCGGGUGUGCGGCGCCUCAAAGUCUCCUCCAAAGUCCAGUGCUUUGGGGAAGAUGUAUGUAUCAGUAUCCCCGAGGUGGACGCCUAUGUGAUGGUCCUGCAGGCCAUCGAGCCCCAGAUCACCCUCCAGGGCACGGAUCACUUCUGGAGACCUGCCGCCCAGUUUGAAAGUGCCAGGGGAGUGACCCUCUUCCCCGAUCUCAAGAUUGUGAGCACCUUUGCCAGAACCGAGGCCCCCAGGGACAUGAAAACCACAGCGCCCAAAUCAGAAGUCUUAGAGGAAAUGCUUCAUAACUUAGAUUUCUGUGACAUUUUGGUCAUCGGAGGGGACUUGGACCCAAGGCAGGAGUGCUUGGAGCUCAACCACAGUGAGCUCCACCAACGACACCUGGAUGCCACUAAUUCUACUGCAGGCUACUCCAUCUAUGGUGUGGGUUCCAUGAGCCGCUACGAGCAGGUGCUGCAUCAUAUCCGCUACCGCAACUGGCAUCCGGCUUCCCUGGAGGCCCGGCGUUUCCGGAUCAAGUGCUCAGAACUCAAUGGGCGCUAUACUAGCAAUGAGUUCAACUUGGAGGUCAGUGUCCUCCAUGAAGACAGAGUCUCAGAUAAGGAGCAUGUCAACCACCUGAUUGUGCAGCCUCCCUUCCUCCAGUCUGUCCAUCAUCCUGAGUCCCGGAGUAGCAUCCAGCGCAGUUCAGUGGUUCCAAGUAUUGCCACGGUGGUCAUCAUCAUCUCCGUGUGCAUGCUUGUGUUUGUCGUGGCCAUGGGUGUGUACCGGGUCCGGAUUGCCCACCAGCACUUCAUCCAGGAGACUGAGGCUGCCAAGGAGUCUGAGAUGGAUUGGGAUGAUUCUGCACUGACUAUCACAGUCAACCCCAUGGAGAAACAUGCGGGACCAGGGCACGGGGAAGAUGAGACUGAGGGAGAAGAGGAAGAAGAAGCAGAGGAAGACAUGAGCUCCAGCAGUGGCUCCGAUGACAGCGAAGAGGAGGAGGAGGAGGAAGGGACGGGCAGAGGCAGACAUGGGCAGAGUGGAGCCAGGCAAGCCCAGCUGGAGUGGGAUGACUCCACCCUCCCCUAUUAGUGUCCAGGGGUCUGCCUGGCCCACGUGUCCCUUUUGUAAACCCUGACCCAGUGUAUGCCCAUGUCUAUCAUACCUCACCUCUGAUGUCUGUGACAUGUCUGGGAAGGCCUUCUCCAUCUUCCUGGAGCCCAUCCUUUAAGCCUUCGGCACUCCCUGGGUCCCAUAGGGAAGUUCCAAGAAGCCUAGCAUGGCCAUCAGUGGGGACUUGAGGGUAGACUUUGUCCCUUAGACCCCACUUCUGCUCUAAGCUCCCCAGCAUCCUGUUUACCUGUCUGCAGAGUCUGCCUUUGCUUUUUUCUGCAGGAAAGAGGUCCACCUUUGUGUCACUCAUCACCCCAGGCUCAGAGUCCCCAAGGCCCUGGGGUUCCAACUCACUGUGCGUCUCCUCCACACAGACCAGCAGGUCCUCCUAUGCUUACUCCAGGUUGCUUUAUACAGGGAGGGUGGUUGAACUUCACACACCUAAGGUCUUAGUGCUUAGCAGUUUAAAGGAAAGUUCUUGUAGAGGCAGAACUAAGUUUACAGGGGAAGGUACACACAUAUUCUCUCUCUCUCUCUCUCUCUCUCUCUCUCUCUCUCUCUCUCUCUCUCUCUCUCUCCUCUCUUCUCUCUCUCUCUCGCUCUCUCGCUCUCUUGUUCCUCAGCUUGGAGAACCUUUCCCUUUGCUUCUUUCUGAGGCCACAUAAGCUUAUAGGAAAAGUCCUAAACCAAGAAUAGGUCCUCGGCCAAAAGGAGGGCCUGAUCCCCCACGAGAGCUAUCUGAGCCUGGCUGCCUGGGCACUUGCUGCAACCAUGCAGUUGCUCUGCCAGGGACAGUCACCACACAGAACCACAGGGCCUGGGGGGCAUUCCACACAGGCACUGCUCCAGGUGACAAUUACCACAAGCCUAGAGCCACAAAACAGAAGGAAAUGCUGAUAAGAUCACAGGUAGGCUUCCUGGUGGGCAGGGUGGGGGUGGCUGGGCGCCCCCCAGGACAGAGGGGACCCUGAGGUUGGCAAGGCUCUCACCACUCAGCCUCAUUGUCCCUUAUCUUCUGUUUUAUACUAUUUUCCCUCUUGAGAAAACACACGCUUUCUGGAAGUAUUCGAAACACACAAGCUCCACUGAGUCUAAGAUGAAAGUCUGAAAUUGAACUGCAAGGAAUUAGAAGCAUAUUUGCAAUCAAGCAGCUUCUUCUUUCUUCUACUCAUAAACAGAUGAACACUUUGGAUAGAGGGCAAAUGUAUCUAAAACCUAAUUUCUUUCUUUUUUUGAUAAGGAAAUCUUUUUCAUCUCCAUCUUAACAUGCACACCCUGUGAAGAUAAUUGUUUCUAUAGUAACUGGUCCGUGAUCUUUUGUGGCCAAGAGAAUAGCAGGCAAGAAUUAGGGCCGUGAUCAAAUUUCCACGAAGCUCUGAGAACAUGUUUGUUUCAAAUGUCUCAGGUUCCUCUUUGUCAUCAGUGUGUACGAUCUGUCUCCAUCCUCCCACUUCUCCCCAAGCUCAUGCCAAUUGGUUUGGCACAGGCACAGAGCUGGUCCCAAGCUAAGUGGCAUUCAUGUUCAAAAACAAGUUCAGAAUCUCAGCCUCUUCCUUGUGUCAUCAAAACAGCUAAAGAAGGAGACUACUGCCAAUGGCCUCUAGUAUGACCUCCACCCAGUGAGGACCCAUGGCAGGCCUUUUCAACUUUCUGAUUCAUGAGAACGAUCUGGUGCAGCUUUUCCCACCUCCUAAAAUGUUUUUUACAUCUGUCCUUCCUUUGGAUCUCACAACAAUCCUGUGAAGUAACUGAGACAUCUGUUGUUAGACAUAUUUUUGUGACGAGUAAACCAACACUUGGCGAUUCAAUGUUUUGCUCAGAGUCAUUCAAAAGUAUAGACAAGACCAGACUCCCCAAACUUCCCCUCCUGGUCCAGGAUUCUACUUAUAGGUAUUCACCUGGCUGCAUACCUACUAUGUGCUAAGCAUUCUACCAACAGCUGUGAGAAAAAGAAAAGCUGAAUAGGAUAAGUUCCUCCCCAACAGAGGGCUUUAUAUUUGCAGAGGGGAAAUAAGCAGACCUAGAAACUACACAAGAGACAAAUGAAGAGAAAGAGAAAGGGAGAGAAGUCACAGGAGAACAAAGACAUGGUCACAAACUUAACUAGUGCUCUUAUUUUUCCCUUCUUAGGGAAAAACACUGGAAGAAGUUGGGGUUUUAUAUUCAUUGGAUGGAAAUAGACAUUUCUCCUAUGAAUUCUCCCAACCAAAUAGCCCUUUUCUAUUAGACUGUCUGCACAUCCACAAGGGGAAAAGCUGUAGGACUGAUGACUUUUCAUAGUCCCACUUAAACAACAAAAAAGUUCUUUAUUUGGGCAUUUAGGAGCUGCUAAAUUCUCCCAAAAUCAUGGCAGCAAAAAGAACAUUUCAUAUGUUUAAAACCAAUUCCUUUGGAAUUUGAUUUUGAUUUUAAAUACUUAAGUCUAGUGUUUGUGAGAACUUUGCUAGGUCUUUUCAGUCUGGAUGGGUAGGGAAAGUGUUCCUCAUGCCCUCUGGGUGUCUUCCUUAUUCACAGUUGAGAGCGCUGUUAGGGGAAAUCUUUGUAUGUUUUGAUUUUUUUUUUUUUUUUUUUUUUGGUGGGGCAAGGUGGGUAGCAGGUAAAAGUGGCCUGUGAUGAGGGCAGGAAAGAUGAAUAAUUUGAGGAAGCAUUUGGUUAGUGGACUUAUUUACAGAGAAACAGUGGUGACAAAAACAAUCAGAGUCAUUUCCCUCAACUCUGGCUGUGAGAGGUCAUUCUCUGCAUGUCAGCUUCAAAGAUCAGGCACUUGAAUGAAUCCGCUGGCUCUGCAGGCAUUGGUCAUAUAUUUAAUGCCCUCCUCCUCACCAUGGGUGAGAACAAGAUGGAGAGGUAUCCAGGUAAGCAGGGUAAUGUGGUUUGCCCUCCCCAGAUAUUGUGAUCCCAAGACAAAAGUGUCAUUAAUCAGUCUGGCAUUUUCCAUCCUCCAUAUGCUGGCAUCCAGGAACCAAAACCCUUGAAGGCCUAGACACCCUAUGACCUCUCACUCCAGUAUUUUGCAGUCAGGUGGAGGCAGGCUCAUGUCCAGGAAGAACUGCUGGCUGGUUUGGCCACAGCCCAGUUCAUAACUUGUCUUGCCAAGUAGACAACCAGAUUCCGCCUUCCUGAGCUUGAAGAUGAGCUAAAACUAUCAGGUGAUUCAGAUGACAUGGAGGAGAAGAUUGGAGUUGUCAAAUCCCAGUGCAGAAUGAGUUGCUUCAGUGGAGUAAAGCAAUCAGCUAGUUGGUGGCCUGCCUUAAAAAGUACUAAAUGUUUAUCAUCAUACAUUUGAUCAAAUGCUAUAGGCCUAGCCAAGGCCCAAAUUCAUGGAAAUACCAAGAAUGUAAUUUCAGUGAAAUCUCUUUUCAUUACCACUUUCUUUUGUUUAUUUGUCGGCUGUUUUUUUUUUUUUUUUUUUUUUUUUUGACUCGGAGUCUUGCCGCUCUGUUUCCCAGGCUGGAGUACGGUGGUGCAAUCUCGGCUCACUGCAACGCCUGCCUCCUGGUUUAAGUGAUUCUCUUGCCUCAGCCUCCCAAGUAGCUGGGAUUACAGGCACCCACCACGAUGCCCUGCUACUUUUUGUAUUCUUAGUAGAAACAGGUUUUCACCAUGUUGCCCAGGCUGGUCUCAAACUCCUAACCUCCUCAGCUUCCCAAAAUGCUGAGAUUACAGGCAUGAGCCUCCACACCCAUCCUCAUUACCACUUUCUUGAAUUUUCAAUCAUCCUAUCAAGCAGGAUUUAGACCAACAUCUUUGCAUUUAAUUAGGGCCAUACCCUGUACACAUGGAUGAUCCAGUAAGAGGGCCAGGGCUAGUGGGAAGCAAUGUUCCCCAUUUCUAUAUGUCAGAUGUCACCAAACUUUAUCUGUAAAGAGCCAAAUAGUAAAUAUUUGGGUCUUUGUGAGCCAUGUGGUAUCUGUCACAAGUAUAGUCGGCAAGUAUAUAUCUGAGGUUCCCAAAUCCAUGGAUUCAACCAACUUGAAUCAAAGUAUUUGGGAAAAAAUGGACAGUUACAACUGACCUGAACAUUUAUAGAUGUUUUUUCAUUAUUAGUCCUUGAACAAUACAGUAUAACAGCGUCUAUGUAGCAUUUACAUUGUAUUAGGAAUUAUAAGUAACCUGGAGAUGAUCUGAAGAACACAGGAAGAUAUGCAUAUGUAUAUGCACAUACUAUGCAUUCCAUAUAAAGGAAUUGAGCAUCUGUGGAUUUGGGUAUCCAGGGGGAGUUCUGGAACAAAUCGCCCACAGAUACUGAGGGGUGACUGUACUCGGCUCUGCUAUUAUAGCAUGAAAACAGCCACAGAUAAUACAUACAAAUGAAUGUUUCAAUAAAACUUUAGGUUCCAAUAAAAAUACUUUAAAACACUAAAAAGGCAGGCAAUUUGAAUUUAUAUAAUUUUCAUGUCAUUUCUUUACCCUUUUGAUUCAUAUUUUUAAUAAUUAAAAAAGAUAAAAAGCUUUCUCAGCCCACAGGUCAUACAAAAAUUAGCAGCCAGCUAGAUUUGGCCCAAGGCCGUAGUUUGCCAACCCCUCCCAUCCACGCAUGGAAGGCAGCCUUCCACUUCUGAGGAGACGGCAAACUGCUGUUCAUCCUCUCGCCAACUACCCAGUAGUCUUUGCCUCCAAACUGAACAACAGGAAGAUGCCAUAGUUCUUAAUUAAGCUGUUUUAAAAGCCCGUGUUCCAGGGGAAAAAUAAAAAACAAAACACUUGUUAUUUGCUGAAUUGACAAACUCAGACAGCUAUUCCACAAGAGUUGAAAGCCUUGAAUCGAGGUGGCUGCCUAGUUACUGAGUGCUAACUCCAUGGAGGCAAGUGUUAGGUCCCCAGGCUCAGAGCCUUCCCACCACAGCUCAGCCCAUAAUGAUCGCCAAGCAGGAGUGUUCAUUAUCUCAGACUGAUUGUCAUUUCAGCCCUGCUCUUGCCAUUGCUCUAAAAAUGAUCCUAAAGACUUGUGACCGUUUGAAUCAAUAGCAGUAUCAUCAGUAGAAAGCUUGACCCAGCACACUUCAAAAUUAGCAGUCUUCUUGGUUCUAUGACUCAAUAUCAGCAAGAAGAAAAAAAAAGAGGACUUCUUUUUUAAUCAUUCCCCCAUUUAAAUUAGCCAAAGAGUUUUAUAAAAAAGUAGGGAAGUGGUUUUAAUUCUUUCAAAGAAUUUGCCAGUGAAAAGUAGAUGAUUUUUGGAUAAGAUAAUGUUCAGGCCUCUGGGGGAUCCCCAAAGCCUUUCACAAUGUACUCUGGCAGGCUAUGAAUGGUACGGGAUUCUGUAUCAAUAUCAGACAUUUAUCGAGGCUGACAAGCAAAAGCCCUUGGCACAAUUUAAUUUCCACAUAACCACUUUCCAUUGUCCAGCUGCAGGCAAAGGAAAUCAGCAAUGAAAGUUUUGAAGUCUACUCCAGCACCCUCAUUUCCUGUCUUUAUUUCCUUUACUUUAUAAAUGUAUUCUGUACCUGCUCUGUAGAUCAUGCUCUAGUUUCCCUUUCAGAACCAUCUGGAAAAGGAGAGUUGACUUUACAAGGGCUGUGGAUUAGGAGCCAAGCUUCACCCCAUCCCAGGGAGACAAAAGGAGACAGGAGAAGUUACCUCCAGUAGGACCCCAGAAAGCAAUCACUUUCCCUGUGUGCAGGCGGUUAACAGAUGGGAGUCUGUGUUUGCAGCUACAUUCUGUGUAAUUCAGAAGACCUACACUGGCCACCUGUGAUGGGCCAGGCCCUGUGCCAGCAACAGGGGACGGGAGGAUGAACAAGGCACGUUUCCCUGACCACGAGAAGCUCUUGGCUGUGUGAGCUGUUGGGAUGUCCCUUUGUGGUGUUGGAGGCUGUGCACACACAGUAAGGACUUUGGGGACAAAAGUUUGAUGUUAGGGAGGCAGAGUAACCUGCUUUGGCAGCUACCUACCCUAAGUCAGAUGGCAGGUAUUAUUCUGGGGGCCCUGACAUGCAUCACUGAGGGAGACUGAGGAGUUCUCCUGGGAAGUGGGCAAUAUUUCCCUGAAUGUUCCUCAAUUCUAAUCAAGGCUGACUCAGUUCACGUAGAGAUGAAAGCCAGUCACCCUGCCCACUGGGCGGAAAUAACAGGGCUGACAGCUGAGAUUCAGAGAAAAUAAGUCAGAGGAAGUCCUUAAGUAUAAACAGCAGCCAGGUGGACCUGGAAAUUUAGAAAGGGUGAUGCAGGUAGAGGGGCUAGCAAGAGCCAAGUCUCAAAAGGCACAGUCCAGACUGAUGCAAGGGAGCCCUCCUGCAGCCCCAUAUCAGAGCUGAAGAUCCAAGGAGGCCCACCUCCCUGAGACCUGUUGAGGGUUUACUCUUGGUGCAGAGGAGAAGGGGUUCCCUGGGCCAGCUGUGUCACCUGAGAACAUGUGAGAAAUGCAUAUUCUUGGGCUCCACCCCAGAGCUACUGAAUGAACAGCUCUGGAGGCAGGCAGUCUGUGCGUUAAUGAGCUCUUUGAUAUGCACUAAAGUUUGAGAAUCACUGAUGCAGAGGAUGAGGAGAUGUCUUGAGCUGGCAUUGCAAGGAACUGUUAACUAACAAGGUGAAAUCAAUUACUAGUGUAGUGAGGGUGCUAAAGCAGACCACCCCAUACCCCCGCACUGGGCCUCCUGGCUCCAGUUUAUACUCGCUACAGCAGAGGUUUCAAGAAACCUUUGUCCUAGUCCCUAUCCCUCACCUCCCCUCAGGCAUGAGACAAUUUCUGUCUGUCUGCCCCUUCUAUCCUAGAGAGAGAGACUGCCCAGGAGAGGAUGUCAUGAGGUCACUCAUCCCUAGGAAGACCACCUGCCAAGUUUCUGUAAGAUGAGCAGCCUCUUUCAAGGGCCAUAUUUUGUGAAGAAACACUGAAACUGCAGCAGUGACCCUAGUCACUAAAAGAACUGCUUCCUACAGAGCCUGUAUGCUGGUGGAGCCACCCAGGGCCCAGCAGAAAGUGGAAGGGGUCAUUUAAGGACACUGCCAGGUUGCCGCAGCACUGCCCCAUUUGUAAUGAGACGGGCAUGCUGCGUCACAAUUCAAACACUGAAUUGCUUGGGGAAUGGAUGGCCUUCCUCAGAAUGGCAGUAACUCAUUCUGGAUGUUACUAAAAGUAGAAAACAAAAAUCCAAAAACAAACCUAUAGCCUCAUCUACAAUUAGAAUCUGUCUGAGCCCUUUAAUUUCUAAUGUCUCCAAGGCUGCCAGGAUUCACCAAUUCCCCUUUCCCCUGAGGCCCAGCAACUACUGAUUUACAGCUUAAACUCUGUGAAGGUCCACAGACCUUUGAAAGGAACUCACUGGUGCUUUGUCAUUUGCACCUAACUGACUCCUCCUAUGACGUAAAGUCUCCUCAUAUGAUGGUUUUUGAGAUAGGGAGUCAGAGGGCUAGGUCCCUGGGCUUUGGGGUAGAAGGACAGAGGAGGAACAGUCUAGGAAGUGGCUAGACAUGUGGCUUAGGAAAACUAACACCUCUGUUGAGUUCUGAAGAACCCAGACUCUCCUGCUCAGCCUCAGAGGUCUUUCCAGAGUCCUCCUGAAUGGCCCCAAGACACCCCUGUUUCUGGGGAGAAGAAAGGAGCUGGUACCUCUCAAUCAUUGAGGCAAUGUCUUCCCAGAGGCAGGACCCCGCCCCCAUGAGAAUAUGCAGUUGAAUGAUAUGGUGCCUGACCAGGACCUUGGAAAACAUGGCUGGGCAGGAUUAGUAUGGAUCCCCAACUAUUGUUGCCUCUGCUAAUAUGGCCACUUCCUCCAGGCAAGCAGACCACCAACUUAGCUACUGCAGCACCACGGGGGCCUAGCACUGCACCUGGCCCACAACGUGUGUGCCACGAAUGAAUUGAAUUGAAUCCCAGAGAUCAACUGACCUCACUGAAGGGACUGGGUCUGAAAAAUUAAGAUGCCCCAAUGAAGAAAGCCUCCUCCAUUUUCCUUCUUGGUUUGUGAGUCAAGGACCUUUGUAAGAUCAGAUUGACAAAGAAUGGAAGUGCGGUGAACAUAGGAUGCUCAUGGGAGAAAACAGGAGCAGGGGUAGAUGUGCCUGGGUGAGGCCUGCUUGCUCCACCCUCGAGGUCAGGGGCAGCAUCCCGACUGAGAAAAAUUCCUAAUUUGUGAAUGACCCAGCCCUGUACUGCUCUCCAGUUCCUUAUAUCAGAUUUACUGCAUAGGAGAUUCAUCAACAUGAAGCUCAAUUCCCAGUAGACUAAUGAAAAGAGGGCAACAGAUUUGAGAAGAGCCGAAAUGCAGACAGUGUGUAUUAAUCACAGACAACAGAAACAUGUUAACUUUAGUGUCUGUUUGCAUUUAUCUUGAAAUGAAAAUGCAUCUCUGUUACCUGGACCCUUUUAACUGCGCAUUUCAGAACAGAAAUGGGACAUAUGUUGGGUCUUUUUCCCCAGCAGAAGAAGCUAUCAGAGAAAUGAGCCCACAGUUAGUCUGUGUGCAGAAACAAUCAACCCACAGGUCUCAGCUGCAGACUCUAGCACCUCUGCAGAAACAGCAGGCAAAAGGAUGAGGUGGCAGCAUCUGCCCUUCAGAAGGAUUCAUAAGAGCCUCUGUUAGAGGGCCUUGCCUAUGGGUAACGAAUGUGAAUAUAAUGUGCUCAUCCAUCCCUGUAGGCAAAAGGGCAUUUAACCUGGCCAACAUGGAACACCCACAUCUGGAGCCCAUGCCCACCCACCUCCAGCUCUUCUAUGUGGCUGCAAGUGCCGCAGCUGAUGUGUGGGAUUCAGAAGAGGUCUGCCCAUGUUCACUAGCCAAACUUCAAACUUCAGUUGGUUUGGAAGGGUGAUGCAGGUAGAGGGGCAUCUCAGAUUUAUAGCCAAAGGUUUUUUGUUUUUGUUUUUUUGGCAGGUUGUAGGGGGAGCAAGAAAGUUAGAUUUGAAAGUCAGGGCUGAUCACUCAAAAAGUAAGAUAGGAGAUAUUGAGGGGAAAAAGUGACUCAUAGUUGGAGAGGAAACAGGAGAGUGGGCAGGAAUGACAGUGCCAGGAACAACCCCCUCCCCUAGAAAGCCAAAGCAUUGCUCUGUAUUUAAAGAUGCAUUCAACUUUGCAAAAACUUCUGGGUAAGUCUGGCCAUGUGACCACAGAGGCAGUCAAAUCAAUUGCUUCCAAAGUCAGAGCUUUUUGAAGGUGAUCAGUUCUUAAUUGAACUAGUCAUGAUAAUCAAUCUACCUGGUUGCAUCAAGCCUGACCUCAGUGGCUUCCAGAAACAGUUGUUGAUGCCCUGAAUUGGACAGGGUGGCUAGGAGGUGGAAGAAAAUGAGUUGGUGAGUUUAGAAAAGAAAUUGCAUGUAGAAGUUGUUUGCUCUCAAAGAAAUCUGUAGGUGUUCGAGCUGGGUUUGUUAUGUUAUUGGCAGGGACAUGAUAAUGUUGGUAAGGAAGAAAGUCAGAAUGAUUUGCUAUAGGGGUAUUUGGAAAAACUGAGUACUAAAUAUAAAUUAGCAGAGAUGAGUAGGCUACAGACAGCCGAUUAUAUAUGUGUGUGUGUGUGUGCAUAUAUGUGUGCAUAUAUAGACACACAUCCCAAAGCCAUAUAAAUAUCUAUGAUACAGAAACAAGAAUAAUGUCAAAAGUCAAAAGUCCCAACAUAUUUUAAAUCCUUAGACACACUGGUUGGGAUGUUACAUGUUUUUCUCGUUGUUUGCCAUUAGCUCUCAAAGCAGUGGGAACAGUGCCUGGCACAUAAUAGGAGUUUGGUAAACAUUUGGAGAUUGAAGACCCAGCUUGUCACUACUUCAUAGAGACUCACUAGUAUGACUAUACCCCAAACUGAAUGAGCCACAGAGAAACACAUCAGCCGCAGUCCUUCUUAGCUGAGGAGAAGCCUCUGUGAAUCCACAGAUUCCAGGCACUAUGCAGUUGGCCGCAGACACAGGGUCUGGCUCCCUAGUCGUGAGAAUGAGGGAAUGCUGCACACAGUAGGUUUGCGGGAACCCCCAACAGCUGUUUCUACAAGCUAAAGUAGCUUCUCUCUACCAUCGUCUAAACCUGUACCUUGUAUUUACUUUUGUCUACACCAUUGCCCAAAUACUUCAUAAAAUGCUGUUGAAUUUGUCACCUCCAGGCAUGACUUUGUAACCAAAUGUAAAAUUUCUGGGUUCAGCCAGUCUGAAGAGUCUAAUAAUUUCUUCUCUCAGCCUUUCCCUUCUCCCUUGUCGGGCGCUGCCACCACCCUUUAGAAGCCUUGGACACUGUUUAUUCUUAGCUGCUCAACCUCAAUGUGUGUGGGAAAGGCCUGAGAGAGAGAGGGGCACAUUUUCUCUCGUCCAGAGUCUCUGUGGUGCCGACAGAGCAGAGAGAGGAGGGGGAGCAGCCUUCAAUCACUGCUACUGCCUGGGCCAUUACUGCCAGUCUAGCGGGUGUCGCCCGCAGUGGAUGCUUUGCCUCCAGGGGUGGACCAGUGUGUACCUGACAUGUAUCAGACUUCUGAGCUCUUCAAGCUGCCUCAAAGAAUGAAUCUUUUUAGCCUAGGAGAUGGGUUUAUUUGAUAAAUAUACUAUUGUGUCUGAGUCUGAAACAAUGCAAACUUCAGAGUAUCUCAUUAGGACCGUAUGAAUUUAUAGAAAACUGAAUCUAAUUUCAGAAAAGCGCAUCAUCUUCUCAGUGAACAAGGUUGCCCAGCCACAGAGGAUCAGAGAAAAUGCCCUUUCCCCUUCCCACUCCUUUUCUCAGAAUCCUCUCUCAGGCCUAAUUGAGCUGUCACAUCCAAUUCAGACUGACACAGAGUGAGGGGCGCUGAGAGGGGCGCUAUGUAUAUAAAGAUAUAGGAAGAAAAUAAGAACCAUCACGGGAAUCUGUUGGGCUUCUCCCCAUGACUGUGAUCUUACCCACAUUUGAACCACAAACUUUAAAUUUAUAACAAUUACGAUUCUUGCAGUUUUCAAGUAAUUUGUUAAAUGCCUAUUCAACACAGACAGAUUUUUAUUUUCAGCUGUGGCUUGUAAAUGCCUACAAACUGAUUCAUGUUGGUGGUCAUUAGGACACUUUCUGUGAAUUGGUGAAUAAAUAUGAUAUUAGAAUUUCACAGUAAA